AUGGAGGAUGCCAUAGAUGCUACUGCAACUUUGGAUUAUGCUUCAAUUCGGAUUUUUCGUCAGCAAAACAGGUAUGAGGCAUUUAUCUGGAAGGGGAAACAAUCCGAAAAAGUGGAAACUGGACAUUUGGAACAUUUGUUGCCUCAUUUACCUGCAAUAAAUGAUUUGUAUGCUGAAGGAUUUGAUGCAAACUUUGAUCUUCAAUUACCUGAAAAUCUGCAUGGUGUUGAAUGGUUUUCAAAAGCAACACUUAAAAGGUUCCUUCAUGUUGUUAGUUCACCAGAUUUGAUAACUGUCAUCAGUAGUAUCCUGGAUGAGAUGUCUCAGUUGGAGGAUUCAAAGAAAUUUCAUGUUUCUUUACAUGGGAAGGUGAAAGCUGGAUUAGCCAUUGGCAUGCCGAAUGAAUUGUUACGAGCAAUGGAUCUAAGACUAACAGCUUUGAUCGACAAUUUAGCUGAAACUUUUAACAAGGCCGCUGGUGCUACAUGCUCCUUUGAAGAUCUGACCUGUUUGGCAAAAUUUUCUCAACAUUUUGGUGCCACUAACAUAGGGCAUUAUUCAUGCAAGUUUAUAGAACUAAACCACAAGAUCCAACGUGUUGGGCCCCUGAACAAUGGAACAAUCUUGCACUCAUGUGAUGUGACUAAAGAUGAUGCAAACAAAAACCUGCAGAUUUCCAAACCAUUACAUUCUGAUACACCAGUUAAGUAUGGUGUUUCACCAGCAAAAGCUGCCCAAGUUGAGAGACGCAGUUCAACAGAAAGUGAGGAAUCUUCUUACUCUGGUGAUGAGGAUCAAACAUCUGCUGAGAGAAGUCGUUCUCUUGUAAGAUCUACAACACCCAGAAGGUCAGCAUCCCCGAUGCGAAGGGUCCAAAUAGGAAGAGCUGGACCCCGCAGAGCUGCUGCAUUAACUAUCAAGAGUCUCAAUUAUUUUCCUGGCAGAGAGAGGCCAAUUUCGUUUAGAGAUGCUGCUGAAAAUGAAUGUGUAGGGGAAGUAUCUGAACAAUUCUAUAAGAAGUCAGAAAUUGAUGUAAGGAGGAUAACCGUACAAGAUGCCAUCAGUCUUUUUGAAAGCAAACAGCAGGAUCAAACUACAAAUAAACUUGUCUUGAGAAGUGCAAAUAAAUCUGUCUUGAGAAGAUGGAGUGCCGGUAUGGUGGAAACCUCUGUGCAAGACCAGCCAGAACAUGUUCCUGAAGAUCCUCUUCCAGUGACUUCUGAUGAUGUGGUGCAUGAUGAAAUCUCUAAAAAUUCAGAAAUAGUGGUGUCUGAUUUUAUUUCUGAAAUUGACAACAGUAAUGAGGUUACUGAUCACGAUGACAAACCAGAAAGACAGGAAAAUGUAGGUUCUUACACAGAAGAUAAUCCAGAUGAAACCAAACCAACAGUAAAAGUGGAAAGUAUAAAAAAGUUAGGAGCAUCGGCGGAGUGGAAUCAACGGAAGCAAGAAGAGUUCAACCAAAUUCUUAAAAAAAUGGUCGAAAGCAAGCCUGUAUUAUUUGGGAAGUCCCAGCCGAGCAGAAACCAGAAUAUUUCAUUUGAGAAGAGAGGAGGGUCUUAUGAUCAUUAUAAGGAAAAACGUGAUGCAAAACUUCGAGUAGCAAAGACUGGAAAACAAGUGGAAAAAGAAGCACAAUUUCGACAAAUGCAGCAAUUACUUGAUAAGAGGAAGGUUGAGAUGUCCAAAAAUGUGAGUGCAAGUAAACAAAGUUCUACAAGGUUACCCCAAAAUUUUGUAAGAAAUUCAACCCAACCUGCAAAUUCCCCAAAGGAAACUUCUAAGCCUUCAGCUACAAAAAGGACAUCAUCUAGAACGUCUCCCAUGCCUGCUACACGUAAGUCUUGGUCAGUAACACCUUCACCAAGGGUAGCUGGGACAUCCCCAGCCAAAGCACGUGGUGGAAUUUCAUCUGCUAACACUACCCCAACACGGAGGAAGCCUGUGCCAACUACACCUGUUCCCCAACCAAGCCCCCAAAAGGAAAGGUCUCAGCCGCGGAAGAGAAAUGAGAAAGAAACUCAGACCAGCAAUAAUGCCAGGAGCUUCAAAAGCAUGAAUGAGAAGCGGCAACCAAUAGUCCCAAACAAGAGUAAGCCAGUCAAAACAAAAGUGACGACGGCUUCCGCAGAAGCUUCUGUUCCUUCAAAGACUAGCUUAGGUAACAAGGGAACCAAGAAAAGCAGUGUGGUGCCGUUGGAAUCAAAAACAUUUUUACGCAAGGGUUCUCGGAUGGGACAUGGAACUGAUCUUAUCAAGAAAAAAGGUCCUCCUAAGAUGGAAAAAUCUCAGAGAGGGAGUGCAGAUCUUAUUGAAGAUCAAGAAAGUGAGUUGGUUGUCAAUGCUUCUGAGUUGAUCAGUCACCAUUCAGAUGUGGAUACAAUGACACCUAUUCAUCAGAUUGCUGCUAAAGAACCAGACCCUCAGAUAAAUAACCAAUUGCAAUCCUGUGAGCCAGAAAAGUUAGACCAAAAUCCUACUGAUGCCGAUGUCUUAACAUACACAGAAGAGUCUUUAAAUAUAAGAAAUGAAGAAGAAUCAACCAUAUCACCUUCUGCCUGGGUGGACACAGAAGAAGAUGUUUUAAUGCCCAAAACAUGUGAGGAUGAUACAUUUCAAUCUGCAUCCUUGGCCAAUGCUGUCCUGGUGGGAUCAUCUAGUCCUCGUGUUCGUCAUUCUCUCUCACAGAUGCUACAGGAAGAAAGUAGUGAGCCUGAAACUUCUGAGUGGGGAAAUGCCGAAAAUCCUCCUGCCAUGAUAUAUCAAAAAGAUGCACCCAAAGGUUUGAAAAGACUCCUGAAAUUUGCUAGGAAGAGCAAGGGUGAUACAGGUUCCACUGGCUGGUCUAGCCCAUCUGUUUUCUCUGAAGGAGAGGAUGAUGCAGAGGAAUUUAAAAAUUCUUAUAAAAGGAAUUCUGACAAUCUACUGAGAAAGGCCGCACUCAAUGUCAAAAGCUAUGGACAACCAAAAAAUUCAAUGCAUGAUGGAUAUGAAAGAAAUUUAGGAGGCAGGGAUGAUGGGAAGGGUUCUAACAAGAUGCAAGAUGGCUCUGGUCCAGCCUCAAGAGCAUCAAGAUCAUUCUUUUCUCUUUCAGCUUUUAGGGGAAGCAAGCCCUCCGAGUCAAAGUUCCAUUAG